AUGCCUACCGAUGAGGACGUUACAUGGCUAAAACAGCUGAGAUUAUUGAAAUUACAUGAGAACGAAAUAAGCGAUGUUAUCAUUGGGUACAUCCUAGAAUGUAACAAUGCGGAGGAUUUAACAGAAAUUAUAGAUGAUAUAUUCCCCAAUGCCGAUCCAAGCGAGAAAAAAAAAUUUAUUCAAGCUCUUCAGAAAAGAAGACGAAAGCGUGCAGGUGCAGGUAAAGGCAAUCAAGGUAAUAAAGCUAUGCAUAAGGAUGAAGCACUUGCAGAAAAUCCAGAGGGAUAUUAUUAUAGAAAAGACAAUUUGAAUGAAUUACCUGCCUAUGGCAAAAUGUCGAUGGAACAGCCAAGUUCAAGCACUAAAUAUACUCGGAAUGCAUCUGCAAAUUCUGCUAAUAAGAAACGAUUUAUACCAUUAACUAGUGAAAAAGGACAGUCACAAUUUGAUGGUAGUGCCCGAUUACCAGGAAGGCAUAUUUGUAACUGCUUAGCGCAAAGACAUGAGUUAGUUAAUAACUGCUUGAACUGUGGAAGAAUUAUUUGUAAUCAGGAAGGUUCUGGCCCUUGCUUAUCUUGUGGUAAUAUGGUAUGCACCAAUGAAGAAAAAGAAAUUCUUAGUAGAAAUUCACGGAAAAGCAAAAAGUUAUACGAAUCGUUAAUGAAUGCCAAUCAAGAAUUUGAAAUUCAAGCUAAAAAUGCAAUUGAACAUCGGAAUAAACUCUUAGAAUAUGAUCGUUCUAGUGCUCAGCGAACUAAAGUUAUUGAUGAUCAGCGCGAUUACUUUAAGACUGAUAGAUGGUUUUCUGAAAGUGAAAUAAAACAGUUGAAAGAGUUAGAACGUCAAAGAAAUAAUCAGCUACAUAAGUCGCGCCGUGAAAUGAAAGUGACGAUUGAUUUAGCAGGAAGACAAGUCGUUCAUGAAGAUGACGACUACUUUAAUCGUGUAAAUAAGAGCGCACUUCGCGAUGAUAACCUGUCCAUAUUUUCUGGAACUAAGCGUGAUAAUACUAAGAGUAAAAAAGAUAUCUUUCAUCCAAACAAUCCUGUAAUAUCCCCAGAUAAAGUUAAGUUUGUAAGCAUUGGUAAACAUCAAAAGAAAAUCUCUGAGCCUGUCAAAUCCGGUUUAAAAGUCCCAAGUAAAGCUAAAUUUAGACUACAAGAUAGGGAAUUGCAAGAAGUUACUGAUAAAGGUUUAUGCCUGAGUAUGCAUCAACCCUGGGCAUCUCUUUUAAUUCGUGGAAUCAAAGUGCAUGAAGGGCGUACAUGGUAUGCAUCUCAUCGAGGGAGACUUUGGAUAGCUUCGACAAGUAAAGAUUGUGAGAAAAGCGACAUAGAAGCAUUAGAAGAUAUGUACCGAGUUCGCUACUCAGGAGUUGAUCUAGAUUUCCCAGAUAGUUACCCAGCUGGUUGCCUAUUAGGCUGUGUGGAUGUAUUGGACUGUUUAGAUCAGAACGAAUAUCAAGAAAAAUACCCAGAUGGCGAAUCAGAAUCUCCGUAUGUUUUUAUAGUCGCUAGUCCUCUAGAAUUGUACGUUAAGUUUCCAGUAAAGGGGCAGCAUAAAAUCUGGAAAUUAGAAAGUCAGUUGCACAAUCAAGCAAAAACGGGAGUUAGCUUCCUUUCUUCAUAA